AUGGACGUCGCCUACAACCAGCACUCUGACCGCGCGAAACGGAAGAACCGAUCAACCACAAACAUCAACCACCUCUCCCUGGCGCCUCUCACCGUCAAGCUACCCAUCAACGACAGCGACGCCAUUCCCGACUCGCUCGUCUCCCAGACCCAUGCGACGUACCUGCAGGGCAGGUCGGCCCCCACGACACCACGACUCCUCUCCCGCGGCCCUGUGACGCCCGGCUCGCGAUCCCACCACAGGGCCCCUUCGGCUCCGAGCGGCCCGUUGUCCAAGAGCAAGUCUUCCACAUAUCUCGCCGCCCCCGGUUACUACGGGAUGAAGUCGAGAUCCGGAACUGCAACGCCCAGACGACGCGACAUGCUCGGCGGUGCCAACGGCAACGAAAACGACAGUGGCUGGCUCGUGAGGGCCGGCGCGCUGCUCAGCUCCGAGGCCAGGGAAUAUAAAGGCCAAAACUGGCUCGUAUCAAGGCAGAGCUCAACGAGCCUGGCCGGCAUGCGGGAUGCCGACGAGGAAGCAUUCGAGCAGGAGUUGGCCCGGGAGCGGGAAGUGGCCAGUCAACGCGCCAGCCGCCGCGGCAGCUCAGCCAUGGCCGACGACGACGACGAUGACGACGCCGCUCCCAACGGCAGUCGUUUCAACAGCAGAAAGCACAGCAUGGGCGAGACAAGCAGUCGUUCGGGCACCCCGUUCGAGCGAGCCGUCGCAGAAGGUGACGACUCGUACUUCCCGAGUCCGGAGGCUGCCAUUGCCGGCCCAGACUUCAUCAACCUCGACGAGAAGCUCGAGCAGCUCGAGCGCGACACAACACAAGACGACGAAGCCACGGUGCGGCGAUUGGUGCGGCACGGCACCGUCGGUCGAGGUUCGUGGAUCAGCAACGUCGUCGGCUGGUCCCUGUUCAAGGUUGACGAGAACGACGAGGAUUCCGAAGACGACGACGAUGACGACUACGUGGACGACGACGAGGAGCUGGCUCGCACGGCUGGCCGCGGGGACGGCUCCCACCGGCACUUUGAAGGGCUCCUGCACGCUCCCGCCGUACGGUUGCCGCCCCCAACCUCGGAUGAGGGAGGGUGGAAGGACGCUGCUUGGCUGCUCAGUGUGGCCUCCAAAGUAAUGUUUUGA